UACAGAAGGCGGAGAUACAGGAGCGGAUAUCGUUCUGUACUGUACUGCUUUCCGUCCAGCGGGGAGGCGCAACCCAGGGGGGCUCUGGGGGGGAGGUGAUGAGGAUAGGUAGAAACCCUAAUGCGUGCUGCAGAGUGCUCGAAUGGCUGCAGCAUUGGUUCCGUUCCGUGAGUCGCGCGCGACGCCGACAACACGAUGCGAGGCACGGCGCUGGAACAGCAUUGCACUCGGGCGCUGCGACGCUGACGCUGCGACGCUGCGACGCUGUCCUACUGCGCUGUACAUUACAGCUACUGGGGUCACUGGAGCAUUUUGGCUAGCACACCCACUGUAGCACAGCGUAGCACUCGAAAAGGAUACAGUACACGUGGCUGGUCGCUACUCAGGCCUUCUUCUGCCUCCGUCUCGCAACGGGCCGCCGAGAUUCACUCAUUCAAACCUUCACUAACGAGGUUCUUUCAGCGAAGCGCGUCCCCCCCAGUUCGCGUCCCCCUUUUUUCGCGUCUCCCCGUUUCCCCUUUACGCGCGUCCGCCACUGCCAUUCCGCUGCACAUGUGCGGUUGGAGUCACCGCGCAAAGGCAGAACGAGGCGCAACGGACGACGGAGGUGCUACUGCUGCUGCUGCCGCUGCUGCUGCCGCUGUUGCCGCUGCUGCGACGAGCGAGACAGAGAGUCAUUUGUCCGUCGCCGACGUGCGACUUAGUUGGAGGCUAUAGACGAGACGACUCGGAGUAAUCCAGGCUUUACUUAGCAACUCGCAGCGUCGCGGCAAAUCAGAGACGCGGCCUUAGUUGGAGGCUAUAGACGAGACGACUCGGAGUGUCGGAUUACAUUCAGGUCGGACCUUUCGAUCGUUGGGUCAGAUACCCCCCCCCCCCCUCUUCUGAUCGCGCACACGAAGCCGCCAUGAUUCUGGCCCCCGUAUCAUCCCGCUCCCUUCCCCUUGCCGCAUACUAGCAGCCUCCGCGGGAUAGCUCUCGCCGCCAGAGAGCCUCCGCCGCCUCCGCCGCCUCCGCCGCCUCCGCCACCUCCGCCGAAGACCCGCCGCUGCCCUCCGCCGGAUAGCCCUCUGCUGCCUCCGCCUCCUCCUUCCCCCCCUCCAUCCCCCGCGACGUACCUUCCCGGCUUUCCUAAGAAGGUUCUCGUUCUCGAAUCUGGUCGCCCCCCUUUUUCAUCCGAAACUUCCGCUCCCUGGAGUGGGUGCAGUAGGAGCCGGUUUGGCGGCCGGAGUAGAGCUUCUUCCAUGUGAAACACGCUUGGUGAGCAAGCGUCUUCGAGAUACAUAAUCAGCGUCGCAAGACUCCCCUGCGACGCUCUCUCCCUGCGAGGCUCCCUGCGAAACUCGUACCAGGAGUUGUUCGGCGACGACUACUCAGCACAACAGCGGCAUCAGCAGCAGCAGCAGCAGCCGCAGCAGCCGCAUUUAGUUUUGAGACUCCCAUCAGCCGCAUCAGCAGCAUCAGAAAGUGUCAUCUGGCUGGAAAGUGCCGGUGAAUUCCAGCAUCAGAGCGUCAUCUCUUACCCUUUAUUCACUGAGAGAUUCAUUUCCGCGAGACGCUUCAUUCGGAUUCCAUGGCAGAUGAAAGAAUGCCUGACACACGCGCGCACGUGCUCCCAUGAUCCCCAUUCCAGUCUAAUCGCUACCAGUACGUCCAGCCGCCUUGCUUGGGUCGAUAGGUCUCCGUUUCACCAGGCUCGCCCUUCCUUUCAGGAGGCGUCUCAUUCCGACCUCAAUGGGUAACCAUUAGCAGGCUCCCUCCGUUUACUCAAGCCACUAGCUUCGUUGGAUUAGAGCGCGAGGCCAAGCUUAGAGCGCGAGGUCCUCCAACGAGACUAUCCCAAGGUCUUUAAAUCUGCUCGAGCGGCCUUCUUCUCCUGGAGAAAUCGCCCCCUUGCUCGUUCCUUGACAACCCCUCGGUUUCUCCGCCAUUCCGCCCAUGCCCUCUAUGCCGCUGAUGCCGCGAAAUCUGCCGCCGUCCCUGCUGCUGCUGCGGCUGCCGUCAAAACACCCGAGGCUGCGGCUGCCGAUGAUGCCGACAAUGGCAAUGCUGCUGCUGCUGCUGCUCGUCUUGCUGCCCUCCUGUUCUCUUGUGCUCGGCGCCGGGGUUGACUCUAUCCGAGGUUCUACAAACGGGGGAAGGUCCGAUGCCGUGUUGCGUCAGGCAAAUGCGACGGCUUCGAAUGUGACAAUACCGGAGGUGACAGCAUGGGACGUGACUAUGCCGAAUGUGACAGUAACGAGAGAGGACGGGCUCCAGCCAGAGAGGGCGGCGGCGGCGCAUGAGACGGCCUCUGUGAGAGCAGUGGAAGGACCGGGUGUGAUUGUAAAGAGGGGGAACGGGAGCGAGACCGGUGGGGCUCUGCGCCAGUCUGGAGCGCACGGAACAGAAUUUCCGAAAACCCUCCGGGUGGCGGGAGUGAGUGAAACGAGCGGGCGAGGCAGGCACGGGGGGCUGUUUGGCCGGUUCCACUCGUUUCUGGUGUCGCCUCUGCAGGGCGCCCAUAGCACCAGCGACCAUGGCGGAAGCAGCAACAGCAGCCACAGACGCAGUAGCAGCAGCAACAGUGGUAUCUUCGGUAGCAGUCCCAGCAGCACCAGCAGCAGCAGCAGCAACAACAGCAGUAGCAGCAGCAGCAGCGAGAGCAGCAUAUUCACGUGUCCACUGCUUCCCCUGUUGCCGGUGUCUAAGCCCACUGCCGCAUGGCUGGGGGACAAGAGAUGGCCGCCGUUCGUGUUCGGUCCCCGGGUCGUGCUAGCGGGCAUUAUUUCUCUGGUGGGAGCAGCUCUCGCCAAUGCAGGGGGGGUGGGCGGAGGCGGGCUGUUCGUGCCCAUGUUCAACCUGCUGUUAGGCUACGACGCCAAGACGUCCACUGCUCUGUCUAAAUCCAUGAUUAUGGGAGGCGCCAUCGCCAGCGUGUGCUUCAACGUGCAGCUGAAGCACCCCACGUUCGACCAGCCCCUCAUAGACUAUGGCUUGGCGCGCCUCAUGCAGCCAACGCUGCUGCUGGGGAUCAGCCUCGGGGUCACAUGCAACGUUAUAUUCCCGCCAUGGCUCAUCACUGUUAUGCUCUUCCUGCUUCUGCUCCUGAUGACGUACAAGACGCUGGACAAGGGUGUGGCCAUGUGGACGAAGGAGUCACAAGUAGCGCAUCAGCACUCAGCAGUGCGAGCAACUCCCCUCCCCUCCUUCAGUGAUGCCUCACCCCCUCCCCGCCCCAUCAUCCCCCGUCUGCUCCCCUCGGACCGCACCACGUCACUGCCCUCCUCCUGGUCCGACGUCAUGCGCUUCCCUUCCGUGCUGCACCACUACGACUCUACCCGCGCGCUCUUCGACUGCGAGAGCGUGGGCGAGCCGGCAGAGGCCAGCCAACAUGGGGCUGUGGGGUACCAAGGCUUGGCGCGGCGGGGCGUGUUUGGGUUCGAAAGCGAGACUCACUAUGAGGGGAUGCCGGGGUUGGGUCGAGGUACGGGACCGGGGGUGUUUGAGCAUGGGAGGCAUUCCAUAAGCGGUGUUCCUGGUGGUGCUGACAUCAGCAUCAGCACCAGCACCGCCGCAACGUCCACUGCCACCAGCAACACUGCCACUGCCAGUGGCAACAACACCAACACCAACAGCAGCAGCGGUCGCACGAUCCUGGGUUCAAACGAGCCGAUGAUCCCCUCAGUGUUCGUCAGCCCCAGCGCAGGAGGGCUGAGCCCUCGCGCCGGGAGUUACGGCCGGGGAAGCGGCAGCGCCGGCAGGGUUGGCGGCGGGUUUGGCUUAUCCGCCGCCCUUUCUGCUGCUUCGGCUGUCGCUGCUGGAGUUCUGGAUGGUGAUGAUGACGAUGAUGGUCUCGGUGGUGCUGGUGCCGGUUCAGGGUUUUUCUCAGGUGAAUUCAACAGAGGGGUGCGUGUGGGCAUGCCAGUGCAGGGGCUCUUAGAUGUGGAGGCAGGUGAAAUGGAGGAUGAAGCAGCAGAGGGGAGGAGGGAGAGGGAGAGCGAGAGGGAGAGGGAGAGGGAGAGGGAGAAGAGGGCUGAAGGGAGGGAGGCGGAGAGGCCCGAGCAGCAAGCCUCCAACCCUGCUGCUGCUUCAGGGUCUGAUUCUGCUACUCAGGGCCCCUCCUUGGUCCCUGCUGCUUCAGGGGGUCUCACCACCCCACUGUUGCAACCAGAGGCACCAGCUCCAGGAGUAGCAGGAGCAGGAGGCAAGUCUGCAGGACGCACUAAAAGUCUUAUGGAAGAGCUACACUUUGGAGCGCCAUUGGAGGCCUCCCUCUUUCAACUGGUCGACUGGGUGUCAGUGCUCGAGCUGCUGGUGGUGUGGGGUGUCUUCCUGGCGGUGCAGGUGGCCAAGCAGCACACGGCGGACUGCAGCGCGCCCUACUGGCUGCUCAACCUGCUGCAGGCUCCCGUCGCUCUGCUCGCCACGUUCAUCGGCGCCUGGCGCCUCUACAAGCGCUCCCACCCCUCGGCGUCCCGCUCGUCCCGCGCGCACGGCCAGGGGGGCAGGGGCGGGCGAAGCAGGCAGAAUAGCGCUGCUGAUGGUGCUGCUGGUGGUGCUGGUGCUGGUGCAUUAGAGCGCCAAACUCAGAUUCAGAAUCCCAGCCAAAGUCAGCAGCAGCAGCAGCAGCAGCAGCAGCAGCAGCAGCAGCAGCAGCAGCAGCAGCAGCAGAGGCAGGGGCAUGGGCAUGGGCACGGCACCGGCGCCUACCACUCGACCCAUUGGGGCAUGCAGCAGCUGCUGGGGUACCCUUUCUGCUCCUUCGUUGCUGGCGUCAUGGGCGGGCUGCUGGGGAUAGGAGGCGGCAUGGUCAUGGGGCCAGUCUUGCUCGAACUCAACUUGCCACCCCAGGUGACAGCAGCGACCACCACCUUCAUGGUCGUCUUCUCCUCCUCCCUCUCAGUGCUCGAGUUCUACCUGCUCGGCCGCAUCCCCAUCGAGGUCGCUCUAGUAUUUGCAGGCAUCGCCAUGUUUGCAGCCUUCUCCGGCCUCUCCAUCGUGCGAGCCAUCGUCAUGCGCUACGGCAAGCCCUCCGUGAUCAUUUUCGCACUCGGCUCGGUUAUCGGGCUGAGCGGGAUUAUUCUGGGGGCGUAUGGCGGGGUGAAUACGUACCAUGAUUGGUUGGCCGGGGCCAAUAUGGGGUUUAGGGAUCUCUGCACUCGAGAGUUUUGAGGGAGUGAAGCUAUUAUACCUGAGCGUUGGUUAGGUGUCUUGUUGACUCUUAUACUGUUGUCAGGUAUGCCGUUAUGCUGUGUGAGACCUUACUGCCUUAUGCAGAUGGGCGUCCCAAGGCAACGCCUAAACCAGUGUAGUUAUAAAAAAUAUUUACUGGUCGCACAUGGCACAAUUUUUAG